GCGGCGGCUCCGGGACCCACGUUGUGGGAGCAGCGGCCGCGGGAGGGAAAAGUGCCUGCGGGGGGUGGGGGGGGCAGAGCGGGCGGUUCGGUUUCCUGCGCUGUGGGGACGGUCGGCUUCCCCCCCUGCCCCCCGUCUCCUCCUCCUCCUCUUCCUCCCGUCCCCUUCCUUCCCCGCAGCGGGCGAAGAUUGCAGACCCUCCAGGAGCAGCCCCCGGCUUCUUGGGGCUUGCCCCCCCGCCCCCUGUGCCCCCCUUUUCUUCCGUGGCGGCGGGCGGUGUGAGCUGCGGGGCUUGGAAUAUGGUCGGGGAAAUGGAAACGAAGGAGAAGCCCAAGCCGACCCCAGAUUACCUGAUGCAGCUGAUGAACGACAAGAAGCUCAUGAGCAGCCUGCCCAACUUCUGUGGGAUCUUCAACCACCUCGAGCGGCUGCUGGACGAAGAAAUUAGCAGAGUACGAAAAGACAUGUAUAAUGACACGUUAAAUGGGAGUACAGAGAAAAGGAGUGCAGAGCUUCCUGAUGCUGUGGGACCUAUUGUUCAGUUACAAGAGAAACUCUACGUGCCUGUAAAAGAAUACCCCGAUUUUAACUUCGUUGGAAGAAUCCUUGGGCCCAGAGGACUAACAGCCAAACAACUGGAGGCAGAAACAGGAUGCAAAAUAAUGGUCCGAGGAAAAGGCUCAAUGAGGGAUAAAAAGAAGGAGGAACAAAACAGAGGCAAACCCAAUUGGGAGCACCUAAAUGAAGAUUUACAUGUACUAAUCACUGUGGAAGAUGCUCAGAAUAGAGCAGAAAUCAAACUGAAGAGGGCUGUUGAAGAAGUAAAAAAAUUACUGGUACCUGCAGCAGAAGGAGAAGACAGCCUUAAGAAGAUGCAGCUAAUGGAACUUGCAAUUCUGAAUGGCACCUACAGAGAUGCCAACAUUAAAUCACCAGCCCUUGCCUUUUCUCUUGCAGCAACAGCCCAGGCUCCAAGGAUUAUUACUGGGCCUGCGCCUGUUCUCCCACCAGCUGCCCUGCGUACUCCUACGCCAGCUGGCCCUACCAUAAUGCCUUUGAUCAGACAAAUACAGACCGCUGUCAUGCCAAACGGAACUCCUCAUCCAACUGCUGCAAUAGUUCCUCCAGGACCUGAGGCUGGCUUAAUUUACACACCCUACGAGUACCCUUACACACUGGCACCAGCUACGUCAAUCCUUGAGUAUCCUAUUGAACCUAGUGGUGUAUUAGGUGCGGUGGCUACUAAAGUUCGAAGGCACGAUAUGCGUGUCCAUCCUUACCAAAGGAUUGUGACCGCAGACCGAGCCGCCACCGGCAACUAACCUAUGACCUUCUGACCUCUGAACUCUUCACCCAAUGAUGACCUGACCAUGCCUGCCUGCUGAUCAGUUAACUGGUAAUCGCCUUUGCUUGCCUGUCAUCAGUGCAGCGAGCUGAGGCACUUGUCCGUUCGUCUUACCAUCUAACCAAACAAAAGACAAAAGAAAUUGUUGUCCUCCAACUCCGCUUUUUUCCCCCCUGUUUGGGUGAAAGUGGUUCUAGAACCUGCACUGAAUAGUAGUAAAGCAAUAAGGUCCAAUCCAUCCCUCAGCACUGAUCAUCCUUUAGCGUUCCGCCCUAAACGAACGGUAAGAAGGCCUCUCUUAAGAAAUGGAGACAAAUGGCCCUUAACUACCCGAUGACAGAGGCAGUUACUGUGAGAGACUUCUAGGAAUCCUUUUCUUCUCAUAGGGAAGUCAAAGCUCUCUCUCUCUCUCUCUCUCUCUCUCUCUCUCUCUCUCUCUCUCUCUCUCUCUCUCUCUCUACUCUCUCUCUCUCUCUCUCUCUCUCUCUCUCUCUCUCUCUCUCUCUCUCUCUCUCUGAAUGUACUGUGCGAUGAUGCAUCAUGCAUGAACCUUUGGUCAGGGAUGUCAUUGGUGAAGUGAUUUCAAAAAGUAUUCAAAAUUUGACAUGCUGUUUAGUCACUACAGUGCCCUCAAAGGGCAGAAGUUGCAGCCUUUUUUUAUAUUGCCUGCCAAAUUUGAUGUAGUAAAAGAAAGUGUGCCAUGAAAGAAAAAUUAACAAGGAAUUUUGAAAACUAAUGCAAAGAACAAAACUGCAACACUAUUUUUUAAAAAAGAAAAAAAAAAUCUGAGUUAAAAUUACCGAGCCUGUAUUUUACACCUCCUUAAAAGAUUAUAUGAGAACAAGGUACAUGCAUUAUGUGUCACAUUACUGGGCAAACUGUUCAAAUAUUUUUUUUAAACCUCCCUGUAUAGAAAAAUCAUUAAGGAUGUAAAAGCCAUGCUUGCCUAUUUGCUGUAUACAUGUAAUGAAAUUGUAGAUAAAGUGUAGUGCAUUGAAACAAAUGAACAAAAAAAGUAGAUACUUUUACUAUACAAGGGUGCUGGUGCAGAAAAAAAAAUAUAUAUUUUUGGAAAUGUAGCAUUUUAUACUUUCAAGUGUUAUAAAAAAAGAAAAAAAGAACAAAGAAACCCUUUAUUUCAUUAAAUGAUUUUUUCUGGUGGUUGUCAAGAAACAAAAGACCAAAAGAGCCUUUUUGUCUUUCUUUUUUAUUUUUUAAGUAUUGGAAUAAGUCUAAAGAAAAGAAAGUGCCUUAUUUUCCUUCAUGGUCAUUUAAGUCAAGUGUCUCGUAAAAUCAGCUCCUCCCUCUGAUAACAAAUGAAUGCAUGCCACUCCGCCCAGUGUGUGAGAAGGGGAGGGGGGGGGGAAGACACGAGUUGAUGGUUUGAAUUAAAAGAUAUUUGCUGUGUUACCUUGAUGCAAUUUGCCAAAUCUGAUACUGUGAAAAAAAAAUUUGAUAACUUUUCUAUCUUAUGCCAGACUGCUCAUUCAUUUUUAAAACAUUUUCAUUCUUUUAAAAUCAUAAGUACUUUUGUUUCAUGCACUUGCUCAACUCAAACCCAAAGGAUCUGAGACAAAAACUGUGUUGUUCUCUUUCUCACUAUCAGAUUAAAAAAAGUAAACAGAGGGCUGUUUUGUUUAAGAGGAUGAGUUAUAUUCUUAUUGAUUGAAAUAGUAGUGACCUAUAGAAGACUUCACUAAUUUCACAAAAUAAAGCUUUGUGAAUUUUACCAAUUUUUAGUCCAAAAGUUACUUAAAACUUAUACAGAAUUUUAUAGAACUUAUACCUGCCAUGUCAGAUAAUUUCUAUGAUACAACUUUUUCAUUAGUUAUAACUUCCUUUGCUUUUGACUUUUAAAAGAAUGUUAGAAAUUAGCAUUAAUUUGCAUAUAAAGGCUCAACUAUGUAUCCCUUUAAGCUUCCUGAUUCCUGUGAAGUUCAAACAGUUGGCCUUGUGUAAUAGUUGAAGCAAUUUGUGCACAAAGCUGAUUUCUAAAUAUUUGCAUGAUUAUUCAUUUUUUAGCAACUCAGUACCAGACAUGGCAAAUUAUCAAGUGACAUUGUGUUCCCCAACUUAUCAACUCAUUCCCUCUUACAUACCUUCACAGCUUUGAAGUCAAAGGUCAGCAGUAAAGCUCAGUAAGCACCUGCAUGGUGACCUCAUCUAUCACCUUGUCUCACUUGGAAAUGAUUUUCAGUUUAUUUACUAUGCAAUAGACAUUCAUCCCUUUAUAUUCAGCUAGCUUUUGUUUAAUGUGCCACCGCUUUGUCUUCCUGUUACAUAUGCAAUAUUUUGAUUUCCUUACAAUAUAUGCUGUGCCAUUUUGAUUUUUAUUUUGGUUGGUUGAAUAAACUCGCGACACUCAAAACAUUUGAGGAGAGAUUUGCUAAAAUGAUACCAGUAUUUGUUCCAGUUUCAUCUCAACUAUGAUAAACCUGGACAUUUUAGAUGUUUAUCAAAGGUCUUUUAUUGGGAAGAAAGGAAGUGUAUGAAAUACAUGUGUGACAUUUACGAGUAAUGUUUGCUCUAAACAAACUUUUGAAAACUCAGUUGACAAAAUUUUGGAUCAACUAAAAAAAGCAUGACUUUUGAAAUCUCUGAAUGCCUUGGUUCUCAGUAUUAUCAUUCUUUAUUGAAUUUAUUUCUUAUUAAAAUAUGUAGUUUUAAGACUUUUUUUCUGACAGUAUUAUGUAAUUUUUUUUAGAGUGGGUAGAUGGGAGUGUCGCUUGUAUGCUACCGUACAGCUGACAUGUAUUUUGUCUAUUCUUUAUUAUCUUAGUAGUUUCAUGCUAUGUAUGUACCAUAACCAACCUAUUGCCUAUGAGAAACAUGUAAGAUAAUGUAUUUACAGCCAUUGUUACAAGUUUAUAAUGUAUUUUUCUAUCUUGUUUUAUAUGUAUGUUAUAUAACAUUCAAAAAGAAUUUUUUUCCUGAUUGAGAAAAAGAUACAAAAUGCAAAACCCACAAUUUUGAUAACUGAAAAUUGCCAAUUGUUUUGCAGUACUUUAUUAUAUUGAGAGUGUUGUCUUUCUUGGGCUUUUAGUUAGCUACUGAAUGAAUACAUUAGACACAUUCGGGUUUUAGUUGGGAUUUUACAUAGCUUGCAUUUUAAUUCUUUGGUUCUUUGCUGUUUCUAUUAACCCAUAGCAUUAUUUUAAUAAAUGUUAUAAUACCAACCUACUAACUCUGGACUAUGUCUGUUUAUUAACCUAUACAUGUUUAAUUAAAAUCAAUAAAUGAAUAAAGACGGAAGAAUGUAAAGUCUUGAGUUACUGGACUAACCCUGAAGAACGUGACCACAGAUAACACCGCGUGACUUGUUUUUUAUGUUGUUUGUCAGCUGACAAUUCUGCACACUACUGUUAAGUUGGCUUUGGUUAUUCUGGCCUUUUCCCUUGGGGGUAGAUGCCAGUAGAGAUGGGAACAAAGGAGUAUCUACUGGAGACAUUCUUCUUGUAGAGUCUUGCCACUUGCCUUUCAGCAUCUGCAUUACUAAUUCCACACUUUCUUAUUUUUCCUCCUCCAAAAUAAUCACUGUCUGCUCACAGCAAAAGAGCAAAGAAGCUCAGUGUGAUGAUACAAAUACCAAGAGAAACCAGUUUGAUUCUUUGUUGAACCAUUUCCUCUAGUAUUUCUAUAAGGAACAGGUAAUUAUUAAGGUCUACAUUAAAAAGCAAAGAAUCUGGUUAUUUCUUACAAUUUUCCUAAUACUUGUGAAAAGUUGAUUUGACAUUUUUCUUUUUGUAAAGCUUAUGUAGUGUUAAACCUUUAAUAUUAUGGUUAUAGUUAUCUGUCAUUAUUAGCUCAGGGGACUACAACCUAGGUAAAGCCAAAGGUUAGAUUGAGUGUUUCUCAUGAGGUGAUUGACAGACAUAUAAAACCAGCAAGUAACCUUUUAGACACCACAAUUGGUGUUACCUCAUGUUUUCUUUUCCCUUCCAUGUCACUCCCUACCUCCCCCACCCCCACCCCACCACCCCUGGAAGUGGGUGGGGGAAACUAGCUCUUAAAAGUUGCAUUUGGUGAAUUGUCCGUGUACAAAUUGUAAGAAUUGUAAGAACUAUAACUAUUUUAAUGUUUAUCCAAGUUACAACCUCAUUAAGGCUAAUUAGAUUUAUAAACAUAAAAUUAUGUGUUACAUGCAGUGAGACCACUUGUUAACCAUAGAGAUUUUCAUGUGCAUCGUUUUAUUUCACAGACAUUGGUUGCUUUCCUUUUCUGUGAAAACAUUGUAUUUUUCUAGAUGAUGAAAUUCUAAAGGCAAAUAAUUGCAUUUGUAAAAGCAGAUUUAUUUCUCCAGGUUGUAAUCAAUUAACCUUCCAAGUUCUAAAAAGGAUUUUUUUUUUUUUUUUGGCUUGGGAGGAGGUUGGGGGAAGUAUUUAGGGAGUAGGUAGCCUAGAUUGAUGGAAUAGAUAUAGGCUGUGUCUCUGGCUAAAACAACCUACUGCAUCAGUCAACAUCAGAGUUCUUUAAUAAAAGAAAUAUAAGUGGUUAUAUUUUAUAUUAAUUAUAAAAAGAGGCAUUCAUUAAUUCAUUUGGGUUUUUCCUUUUUAAUUGGUUGUAAUGGCAAUUAUACAAACACAGCUCUAAUUUGCUGCUGGUUAUAAAAGACCUUUAUGUCCUUUUCUUCCCUUAAACAUUGUUUCUGGAAGUUUAGUUGUAGAACUUGAUUUACAAGUUUACUCUCUGUGGUGGUACCUUAUCACCUUGAAGGGUUUCCAUGGACUUAAUGUAUGCCUACUCUGGAACCCUCAUGCAGUCUCAUCUCACCUUCAGCUAAUGGUACUUAAGAUGUAUUUACUGUGAUAGAGCUGGUUUAUAGGGUGUGGCAACACUGAUUCCCUAUGGCCAAGUUUUGCUGUUCCUUGGUUGGCAAGAGAUUGUCAUAUUGUCAAAAAUCUCAACUUCCAAGGUAAAACUCUGGCAACAUUUGUUGUAAAUGUUUUUGUUGGGAAAGCUCUAAUGGGCACUUUAAAAGAUUGAAACAUUUUCCAAAUCUCAUUUUUUAAAAAGUCAGUUUAGGAUAGUAGUAGAAUGUCAUAGUAUACAAAACUGAAAAUUUGACUUAAAAUUAAUGGUAAUAAAAACAUCAGUAAUCAGUUUGACAAGUCACCUGGAAGCUCUGAACUUUCAGCUAAGAAGCUUAUUUAACAUGCUUAAAUAGAAAUUAAUUUUUGUUUUUUCUUAUGGCAGACAAAUGUCAGGAAAUAUGUAGAGUUGACUCUAGAUAUUCAUAUUAACAACAGUGCAGCAGUUUGACUUUAUAGUAGUUUCAAAAUAGGUGAUUUAAACUAUCUGUGCAUGAAACCAAAAUUGUGUAUAUACUAUUUAUAGUCAGUUUUUAGAUAGUUUUUAAUUACUUUUCUUUUGCACUGAAUGAUGAUAGAUUUAUCUACUUUGUACCAUACCAAAAAUAAUUUCUUUAGCAGACCCCUUCUUGAUAUAUGGAUAUUUUAUAUGCAGCAGUAUUAGGUUUAGUGGGCUUUCAAUGGCUGAUUCCACAAUUCCAAAAACAGGUAGCAUUUUAAUAGAGCAACAUAUACUUAGUCUUUCUCAUUAAAGACAGUUAAGCUUUCAGUAACCUGCCCUAUAAACUUUUUGGGCUGUUCUGUAGAGUGUUUUCUCAAAUGUCUUUUUCAGCAUAUAUGUAGCCAACUUUGAGGGAUCACGUAAAAAUAUGCUAAUUUUAUCUUACCACAAUUAAUAAAGACUUUCAUUUUGAAAUGGAAAUUUUCUUAACUGGAUGUAAUCAAUUCUGUAUAACACCAUGGAACAAUUUUUAAAACAUUCCUAUGGUGCACACAUUUAACAUUUUACCUAGCAUGUUUCUGUUUCAUGUCAAAAUGCCUGUUAUCAAGAAAGUAUUGUUAACAAAACCAUGUACAUACUUGGUACUCAAUGCUGAAUCAAACUGGUUAACCUAAGCACAGUGCUCUCUUUUCUAUGUUUCUGCUGCACUAAUUGCCAGUGAAAAAGUUCACUAAAUAGCGGUGGGUGGUAUGUGCAGCAGUGUUCACAGUAUUGAUUCCUCAUUGCUGACUGUUUUUCUGUGGAAAAAAUCAACUCCCAGGGCAAAAGUUAACUUACACCUAAAAAGUGCUACCAUUAAUUAUUUCAUAUUACCAAAUAUAUUUUAUGAUUUGUGUCAUAGCAACUUAUGUGAAACAUUUGGAGUUUUGUUUAUGGAAAAUGUAUGUGGUGGUGGGAAAUGAAUAUUCCCAAUACACAUGUGAAUGGAGAAUGAUAUGACUGUACCUAUUGAUGUGCAAUAAACCAACUGGAACAGGUGCAUGUGCUUUAUCCUCAAAAGCCGGAUGCAGCUAAAGUGCUGCAGUUAGUUUUAUUUACUGAAAAACAAUUUUUUUGAUGUAUCUGAAUGUCAGAAUAAAGAUUGCACAUUUUAACUUUUAAUUUGCAUUAAUGCUUUUAGCAAUAUUUGAAAGAGAACUUACUUCUGAGAUCCUAGAACUCAGUGUUAACCGAAAAAAUUACUGUAAUCUUUGCUAUGAUUUCAGUUUCUAGAAAAGGAAAUGAGUAAAUAAACACUACAAAUGGCUUAAGUUAAA